AUGUCCGGGGGGUUCAACCCAAUUGACCCGCAGCGCUGCGCCCACUAUGCGGGCUUCGCGGCCCACCUCAACCGCAAGGCCUUCGAUUUCAUCUACUGGUUCCUCUUCGCUGCUGUCAUUUGCAUGCUGUUUUUGGCAUCAUGGAAGUACAGCGGUGACCUUGACAAAAUCAACCAGCUCGGGCUGGAGCCUCAUUCGCGAGAGUACCGCCGCCGCAUGAAGCGUUGCAUGAUUAUUUGUGGCUUGUACGCCAGCGUUGCGGUGGUUGCUGUCGUCAUGGAGGUGUAUGCGCUCAUGGCGUUGCAGUUUUGCGAUGGAGAAGAUCUCAUGUCACUGUAUUGGUCAACAUGGACCAUGCUGCAGGUUGGAUCGGUCAUCGCAAUUCUGGGAAUUGUCCUUAGCGUGUUUAACACGUUGAGGAACAACAAGAAUCCACCAUGGGCCCUUGCUCUGGGCACUCCUGUCCUUGUCGUCGCGGGCAUCGGCCACGCCGUUCACGGCGCCAUGCGCAAGCGUGUUCGCCAGGUCCGGUCUCGCUCCCGCUCCCGGCGCCGCACCAUGUCGGCGGCAAGCUCCAUGACCGAUAUAACUGCCCGUCUGCCGACGAGCCAGCGCCGUGCCACGUCCGAAAUGACUGGUUUCCCAAUUAGCAGGGAGCAAACCAUCCGCGCAGACGACUCCGAGCGCGAGCCUGAGUUCGCCCACUCCUGCUACCCGAACUCGAUUUACACGACUAAGUCGCGCGAGAACCUCACGAUUGCGCCAGUUACGACUACUGCGACACUCACUACCUCUGCGCCAGCUACAUUCCUGGGUUUCUCUCCUACCGGCGAUCCGAUUGUCAAACUGCCCGCUGACAUGGCCCUGCUGAAUUCCGCGCCCGCGACGCCUGCCCCGGGUCAAGUUACCCAGGAUCCCCUUGCUACGAUGGAGAACCCCGCUGGGCAACAAUCCCAGGACCAGACUCGGGCGCCGACACCGAUCCAGACGCAACAGAUCCAGGUCCAAGAUCAUCAACCCCCGGUUACUCCCGGGUCUGUCCCCCCAGCUGCUGCGGCUAUCACGCCCGGUGUGGGCAUCGGUGUCAAUGUUGGUUCCUCGUCUACCGCGGGAACUGUCAUCGGCAGGUGCAGCUGUGACGAGGGCGGUGUGAUUGUUGCGUUGCGCAGGCCGAGUCCCACUCCUUUUCAGGGACCUGCUGUUGUUAGGCCAUCGGGUUCUGCUGCUGGGACUGUCUGCUCUACGCCUGGACCUUCUGGCCCCGGUGUUACGCCGCCGGGGACAAGCCUUGGCGGGAAUGGAAACGGGUCAGGGAAUGGCAACGGGGGUGUCCUUGCCCCAGUACCUAUCCGUGUCACUCGUACCGAUGGACUGGGUACUUCUGUGGGGGGUGUUGUUGGAAACGGAGCCGGAGGGGGUAUCCGACCGGGUAAUACUGUCCGGUCGAACUCCUACCCUGUUCCAGGCCAAGCUCAAAGCCAGAGCCAAGGGCAGGGUGACACCGCCGAGCAACAACCUCAACCUCAGCCUCAUCAGUCUCAACCCAUCCGACCAAUCCCCGUCCUCCCUCUGCAGCUCCAGCUCCAGCUCCCGUGCCGGUGUCCCAGUCCCGUUCCCUUGACGGACCCCGCCAGUAACACAGGUACUGGCACUGCCGGUCCCAGCACAUCGACUACGUUCUUUACUCCAGGAGAUGUUUCUCCCCGGUAUAUGGGCUCCCCCGUCGGGUCGCGGUCGGCAACGCCUGCUCCCGGGGCAACGUCUCCUUCGCAGUUGUGGUUGAAUAGGUCGCCCGUGGUGAGGAUUGCUACGCCACCAGCGGUUAAUAAGGAAGAGGUUUGA